GUCACACAGGUAGCAGCUUCAGGUUAUACGAAUGCGAACCAAAGGAAAUCUUCUUGAAAUUCCGUUUAGCCAUCUGCGAGACAACGAGAAUUGAGAAUUGACUUCGGUGUGGUUUAGAAAUGAUAAAAUCUGAAACAACAUUUUGUUUUGAAAAAUGCUGCAUACAAGAUUGGUAAAGUUGGCAGAACCCAGGACACCAAAAGGAGCCACAGAUGAUGACAGUGAAAUUGGCUACCCUAGGGCAGGUAAUGUGCCACCACCUCUAUUUUCCAAAGCAUCCACUCCCGAAUCGGACGAACCAUUUGAUGAUCCGUACGAUGCCAAGUUCUCGACUCUCAAUUAUCAGAUGAAAAGCUCAUUUACCGAAACCGGCAAUACAGAAACGCGUUUCUUUUGGAUGAUUGAUCUCAUGUCCUUCCACCAACUCUUCCGACUUUAUGCGAAAUAUGGAGACACCAACAAAUCUGGAGAAACAAUGAGCCUUACUAACAGCGACAGAUGGCUGCGGCAGGCAAAAAUUAUUGACAACAGAAGAAUUAGUACAACAGAUACUGGAAUAUAUUUCAAACAAGUUGCAAAAUUCAAGAAAUCUCUAAAUUUCAGUUCUUAUCAGACUUUUCUCGAGCUUUUAGCUAAGAAAAAGAAUUUAAAUUUGAGCGAAAUGAAAUACAAAAUGGUCACAGCUGGUCCUCCUGAAACAUAUAAAAUGACAGAUGUGGAUAACAGAAAUGCCGUUCUGAAUGUUAGUGAGCAACGACCAAGAGCAAGAGGUUAUAGAAGAAUUAAAAGACGGGAAACCGUUAAAAGAACUUAUGAUGAGUUUUUUAGCAACUGCCAGUGCCAACACGGUUAUAGCUCGCAAAUAAGUUACAGCUUCCCGGAUUCAUUGCCAAUGCCAGCAGCGCCAGAGGACGAAGAAGAUUGGUUUCCCGAAGAAUAA